ACUGCGAGGUUUGGGCUGGGGGAGAAAAGAAAGAGAGAAUAGAGCCUUCUCGAGUUAUAAUUAUGGAAUUCAAUACAAAUAUGUGAAGUUUGCAGCUGGGGAAGAUUGUUUUCUAUUCUUGUCUUCUUCUCAUUAACUCUUACAAAGUCUUCAAAUCCUUCCGAUGACGAUGAGGCAGAAGAAGAUUCAGAUAAAGAAAUCCCUCUCUGCUCACAUCCUACAAACCCUAAACCUGCAUCUGAACGAUGUCGCUGAAACGCCCCACGACUGCUGCUACCCCACCACCGCCGAGGCGAAAAGGCGCCGGAAUCAGAGCUUGGCUCGUUGUGUCGAAUUGCGGAAAAUCUCAUGUGGAAGAGGUCGGGAAACACUCGAUCAUGAGGCGAACUGGGCUUCCAGCUCGUGAUAUGAGGAUUCUUGAUCCUGGGCUAUCGUAUCCAUCGACGAUUCUUGGGAGAGAGAGGGCUAUUGUUGUCAAUUUGGAGCAUAUCAAGGCGAUCAUCACUGCUUCUGAGGUUUUAGUGCUGAACUCCAAGGAUCCCUGGGUUGCUCCCUUCGUUCGCGAUCUUGAAUCUCGACUCUGCAAUUUCAGUGAGAAGGCAAGUGAGGGAAGGGACGGUGAUACUGCAAAAGAGGCUAAUGGGGGUUUGGGACCCAAAUCUCCUGAGCCUGAUCAGGAUUCUCCUUUGCUCCGUCAGUUCUCUCAGAGCCCUGAAAUAGGGAUGGUUGAAACGAACGAGAGUGGUAGUCCCAUGGCUUCAGGGGACAAUCAAUUGACGGGAGGUCCCAAGGCGUUACCUUUCGAAUUCCGAGUUCUUGAAAUUUGCCUUGAAUCUGCUUGCAGGAGCCUCGAAGCAGAGACCUCCACACUGGAGAAAGAGGCAUAUCCAGCUUUAGAUGAAUUGACCUCUAAAACCAGCACUUAUAAUCUGCAACGCGUUCGGCACAUAAAGAGUCGGCUAGUUGCAGUAUAUGGGCGUGUUCAGAAGGUGAGAGAUGAGCUUGAAAAUUUAUUGGAUGAUGAUAUGGACAUGGCAGAGAUGUAUUUGACUGAUAAACUCUCCCUUCUACAAUUUGAAGAAAGUGGCUUAAAAGAUGAAUUAGACAAAGAUUACAAUGACUUUGAAUUGGAUGAUGAAUGUGAUGAAGAGUCAGGGAGCGACAAAAGCAGCAGUGGAAAAGUUACUGGGUUUAAGCCAAAUAUUCAGGAGUUGGAGAUGCUGUUAGAAGCUUACUUUGUACAGAUAGGAGGAACCUUGAACAAAUUGUCAACUUUGAGGGAGUAUGUGGAUGACACUGAAGAUUAUAUCAAUAUCAUGCUGGAUGACAAACAGAAUCAGCUGCUGCAGAUGGGAGUCAUGUUGAGCACUGCAACUUUGCUAUUAACUGCAGGUGUUGUCAUUGUCGGUGUAUUUGGCAUGAACAUCAGAAUUCCUCUCUUUAAUACUGGAAUGCCACAGUUUGUGCAGACCAACAUUGGUGUCGUUGGAGGUAUUGUGAUUUUGUAUUUGUCAGCAUUCUACUGGGGUAAACAAAAGGGUCUGCUUGAUUAAUGAAAUUCUCCAGAGUGGUAAAAACCUCAUUCCUAGAAUGGUCUAUAAGAAAGAAUGUAGCCAUCGUGUGUGUAUAUGCCUGGAUUUUAUGGUUUGACAGUAGUUGUGCAACUUUUA